UUGCUAUUCCUCAAAUUAGCAAUAGAACAGGUAUUCAAAUAAAGCAAUAUUCAUAUUCAGAGGCUCAGGCUGGAAAGUCCUACUGUGACUCAAAAAUUGCUCAUAUGAGAACCAAGAUGGGAUCCUUUGUGGCAACUGGAAAUAACAUUUUAAAUGCAGAUGACAUGAAAACUGCAAUUGAUUAUGGAAAAGGUGUAGCUGGAUGUCAAGUGGCCCAUGUUAUUGUUGAAACGUCAAAACAUGUUCUCAAGACUCAUAAUUUAAAAAAUGUCACACAUUACAACGAUGUUCAGUACACAGAAUCUGGUGUUGUAUUCAGAAAAGCUUAUGGUAUUGGGGAUGGGUUGUCAAUGAAUUAUAGUGAGUUAACCAAAUUAUCAGGCCAUUGUCAAAAUGAAACUGGAUGUACUCUUGUAACAGAUUUUGUUCUGCCAUCAAAGGUCAAAGGAAAGAUCAAGUUAACAAAAGCCGAAAGUAAUGCUGUAGAAAAUGAAAUGAGUACUGAGACCACAACAAUAAGACCAGUCAGUUCAUCUGCUUUACAGACAACACUCUCCUUUGAUUGCCCAGAACCAGGUUGUAUUAAGCAUUAUGCUUCCUACAGAACUCUAGAAAAUCAUGUUCUAUUAGGUACACAUGAUUUAAAAUUAGAAAGAGAAUCCGUAUAUGAUAUCAUUCGCAAGCAAUGGGCAGAACUCUGCAACAAUGUUAUUGUUACAAGGAAGAAAAAUGUUGCCAGCCAAUGUACAGAUAAUCAACAAGCUGUAGAAACCCUUCCUAUGGGUUGGGCAUUAAAAAGGGCCAGAAAGGUGAAUAGAUUUCCUACCAAGAUAAAAAACUUCCUUAUUAAGAAAUUCAAUGAAGGAGAGAAAAGUAAAAACAAAUGCAGUCCAGAUGAUGUCGCAUCAGAAAUGAAAUCUAUGAGGGAUACUGAGGGCAGACGGGUUUUUCAGUUAAAUGAAUGCUUGAAUAGUACUCAAAUUACAUCUUUCUUCUCUCGAUUGGUAUCAGCUAAUGCAAGUAACAACAACAAAAUAGUACCUGAAGAUGAUGACUUGGUAGCUGCUGCUGUUGCAAUAAAUCAAUCUGAAUUAAUUGAAUCAGUUAACUCUGCAAAUCCAACAAAUGACUGUUAAAAUAUAGUGCAUUUACUUUAAAGCUUGUUAUUAAGGUUCCUUAGAUCAGUUUCCUUAGAAAGUAAUUGGAAAAUAAAGCCUUCAGGACUGUGCCCUCAUAUUAAAAUGAUAUUAUUUGUAUUCAUUUUUUCUUGAGAAGCUGUACCACAUACCAUGGGUCCCUGUUGAUACAACUCCUCAGAGAUUCUGCUUACUUUGAUAUCAAAUAUGCUUUAGAAUAAGAACGAUUUACGUCACAUGUUAUUUUAUUCAAUGUUUGAGAGGAGACAAAUGGUAGACAAAUUAAAAUGCUUUCUAUUAUGUUCUUAGUUAUCUAUGUAUAUUGAUGUUCACACAAUUUACAGUUCUGGUUUAUUUGUUCAAAUAAGCUAGAUAUGUCAUAAUGAACAUUGAUAGAUGAAAAGCUUUUUUUUUGUUUUUGCAGUCAACUUAUUUUAGACAUUAGAAGUUUGUUUAAAUCACAUUUGAUUAUAAGCCUUAAUGUCUAUCUGAUAAAAAUUUAAAUUACAAUAUAUUGUCCAUUUUUUAUCUAUUACAUUAUUUUCUGAAUUAAUGAAGUUUAAAUAACAUUAUUAUGUAGAUUUUGUAUUGCUGCUUCAUAAGCAGGCUAAGUAAGAUCAAUUUAAUUUUGUACUCCUUUAAUUGUGAAAAUAUAUGAAAAAUACAAAAUUCAAUUUUAUCCAUUUAUUUUCAAUGUAUUUAUAAGUUUUAUGAUUUUAAUUGUAUAAUUUUGAUAGAAUUUUAUCUUUAAUAAUUUGAAAAAUAAAAGAAAGUCAGACUGAAACAGAUAACCUACUUGCAUUGUCAAUUUAUCAUUUUGAAUCAUGUAAACUUUCAAUAAAAAUUAUUUCCUCUCUGAAAUAGUUCAAGAACAAUUUUAAUCCUUGAUAUUGGUCAAGAUUUGGAAAAGCAAAAAAGUGGAUUAACUCCCUUUUAUUCCAUGAAUUUACUGAUUUUUAGUAAACUUGCACAAAUUUUUAUUCCUUUUUGAAUGAAUUAGUUAAAACUUUAAUUAGCAUAAAAGUAUUAUAGUUGUACAUGAAGAGUUUUGUUAGAAUUUUAGUCCUUGAUUUUGGUCAAAAUUUGAAAAAGCAACAAAAUGGAUUAUCUCCCUUUUAUUUCAUGAAUUUACUUAUUUUUUGUAAAUUUGAACAAACUUUUGUUUCUUUUUGAAUGAUUUUCAGUUAAAACUCUUUAAUAAGCAUAAAAGUAUUAUAGUUUUACACGGAGAGUUUUGUUAGAAUUUUAGUCCUUUAUAUUGGUCAAAAUUGGAAAAAAGCAACAAAAUGGAUUACUUCCCUUUUAUUUAAUGAAUUCACUGAUUUUUUUUAAACUUGCACACAUUAUUGUUUCUUUUUGAAUGAUUUUCAAUUAAAAAACUUUAAUAAGCAUAAAAGUAUUAUAGUUUAACAUGAAGAGUUUUGUUAGAAUUUUAGUCCUUGAUAUUGGUCAAAAUUGAAAAAAGCAACAAAGUGGAUUACCUCCCUUUUUUUCAUGAAUUUACUGAUUUUUAGUAAACUUGCAUAAUUUUUUGUUUCUUUUUGAAAGAUAUUUUAUUAAAAAACUUUAAUUUGCUUAAAAGUAUUACAG